ACAGUGAAAAUGUAAUCGCUCUCCACAAGAGAGUAAAGAAUCAUUUACAGCGAGAAAAUUAACGUCAUAUUGUUGAUAAAACGUAAUCAAACAAGUGUUGGGAGUAAAAUACAUUCGAUGAUAUUUGGAGAUCAAUGGAGAGUUACUUGGAUAAUUAACUUUUGCGAGUGAUUUUCAGAAAUGUAAACAAGAAAUCGGGCGAGCGAUUUUAAGAGAGUUUGACAAUCAUUAAACAUUGAAUUGUGGAUAUUUUAUAUUAAAAAUAAGAAGAACAUUACGUGUCGAGAGAGCUCUCGUUUUAUCUGGCCAGUGAAGAACAACUUGGUUCACGAUGAAAUUGCAUGAGAAGAAGGAGUCGAGCAUUCACAAAGUUCAGGAGGUAAUGCUGGAGGAGAUUGAUCUUACAAAGGAGUAUAAUGUAGAGAAAACUCUGGGUGAGGGAAGUUUUGCAAAAGUUCUGCUGGCGACUCACAGGCGAACACAAACGCGGGUUGUUUUGAAGGCUGUUCAUCAAGAGCUCACCACUGAGAAGGAUUUCUUCCGUGAAUUUCACUACUCCUACCAUCUCAGCCCACAUCCCAAUAUCCUCAGCUCUUAUGCUGUGGCGUUCAAGGCUGAAAAGUGUUAUAUAUUCGCCCAGGAAUUUGCACCUUUUGGGGAUCUAGCUGGCAAUGUAAGAGCCGGUGGUUUGAGUGAGGAUGUGUGCAAGAGAAUUGCUGGACAGUUGUCAUCUGCCCUUGAUUUUCUUCACUCAAAACAACUGGCACAUCGUGACGUCAAAUUGGAAAAUAUUUUGGUGUUUGCCCAAGACAUGUCCAAGAUUAAAUUAUGUGAUUUUGGAUCUAUCAAACGCGAGGGCACACUUGUCAGUAAAAUACGUGGCACCUGGGUGCCAUUUAUGCCACCUGAAAUUCAUGAAGUCAUCAAGAAUGAGAGAUAUACGUGCAAACGCAGCGCUGACUCUUGGCAAUUUGGUAUUGUGCUGUUUGUUUGUUUGACUGGUAAUCCACCGUGGCAGAGUGCCGAUCAAAUACAGGAUCCUGAUUACUCGGCUUUCCAGAGAUGGUUGAAGAGACGUACUACUAAAAUCCCAAAUACAUUCCGUAGAUUUACACCGCGUUUGCUGAGAUACUUCAGACGUGUAUUCGAGCACAAGCCGGAAAAACGAGCAGUGAUAACGGAGAUCAGCAAGUACUUGAAGGAUACAUGGUGCCUGAAUAAAUUGAGUCACAGUGCAACAUCAACGUCCGUUGAAGUCAGUGACACGCAGAUAGCAAGGAGGGCCGACAGUCUCCUCUAUCUUGAUACAAUUGUCGAUGAGAGGCUCAAUGUCGAUGAGAAUAAGAAUAAACUGCGUAAACUACUCAACAGCUAUGGCUUGGAGACAGCUGUAGAUCAGAAAGUCGUGACAAAGAGAAUCUGGGAGUGGGUCAUGCAGUGUGAUUCAAAUAUCGGUGAUUCGCAGCACCUAACGACGUUUGGAACUGAUUCCAUGUGAGAUAUAAUUAAAUCAUCGAGUGAACCUUGCCUAAUUAAGCCAAUGAGUGAGGUCAGACAGCUGAGUUUUGCCACACUCACUGUACCCACUGAUAAUGCAUUAUUUGAUGAUAGGAGUUCAAUCCUCAGACGUUAUUCACCUCUCACGAGUGAUAAAAAUUCACUCGAUCAGUCUACCAGCUUUUGUGCCAAAAAUUCUAAUUAAAUUCAGCCGGCUAUUUCUGUGAUUCAAUGAAAAUUUUAUCUCUCCUUUUUUGUUCUUAAUGUGUUUUUCCUCCCCCUUGCUUGCCACAGUGAUUAACUACUCAAGAAUUUAAAAAACAUCACGGAAUUUGGCAUGUACGUUUCCCAUAAUUGUAUUCAUUUUGAGUAUCCGAUGUGUUCCAUUUUUCUGAACAAAUGUAAAUUCAUGAGAUGAGUGCGGUAACUGUAGAGACAAUAAUAACUCAAUCGAUAUGUAUUUUUAUUCAUUGAGAGUCAGUGAAGCUUGAUGUUACUGACAAUUAAUAUAACUUACGGGCCUAAAGAAUUAAUGCAUUCUGGCCCAGAGAUGCGUGAGUCAGGAAAACAAUAUAUUUUUAUUUCACAUUUCCCCUCAAAACUACUUGCCAUUAAUUCCGCAUGACUCUGCGUGGACCAUUAAGAUAAACCGAGUGGAUCGUUUACAUUGAAAGAAACAACUUCAUGACCAUGUAAAUAUUCAAUAUUCCCAGUGUUGAGUGAGACCAUGAAUCUCAAAAUUAGAGAUUGUCAAUUUAUAAUCAUACAUUGAAUUGAAAGAAUACCACGAGUGGCCGUGAUUUGAAAUAUAUAUUCUUGUAGAAAAUUUAUGUACAGAUGUUAAUCUGUGGGGAUGAGUCAGAUUGACAUGUCCGAAAAUAUACAUUCACUGAACAAUUUACGAAAUGAAAACAGGGAUAUUGAAAAAUAGCCAGAUUAUUACAUGCUCUUAUAACAGUGAAAUGCGAUUAACGAUUAAACGAAUUUUUAGUCUCGUACCAUUUGCGAAAGGAAAACAAAAGUAAAAGGAAUUGGGGAUGAUGAACAAAAAUCAGGAGGGGAUGAGAACAAAUUGGAGAUAACACAAAAGCUUUGAAUUAAAGAACAAACAAAGAAGACUGAAUCGAAUUAAUUAAUAGUAUCUUCCGGGACAACACAGCCUGGGCAAAUUGGUUAUUAGCUACACAAAUCCACAAUCAAGAGUGCUAACUACGUGAUUAUUAUAACAAUUAAACAGGUGUUCGUAUAAUGCUCAUUAAUUGGUACUCAUAAACAAAAAAAAAACAUUAUUAAAAAUGUUCAGUGUUAACGUUCGGUAUUAAUACCUGCAUCAUUAGAUUAUUUAUGGCUGUUAUUUGGUAGUAUCGUAUAUGAAUUUUGAAUGUUUUAGGUGAAAUGUUUCAGUAGGGUACACUCGGUGCUCUAGAGCAUCCGUUCAGUGAUAAGCGCAUGAAAACAAAUCAUUUGUCAGUCAAUGGAUGACCACUUGAAUGACAGGUGCAGAAAUAAAAUGACAGGUACUCGAAUGAUGAGCUUUUGGAAUUAGUGCAGAAAGAAAACGGAGGGUAUGAAGUGAAUUUCGAUGUUUGCGUUAAGCGUUUUUACAUUUAUACGUUUACAAAUGCGAGAUCUCAGUGGAUAAGAUUAUUUUUAAAAUUCCUUCGACUAACAAUGUUAAAUGUCUAGUUAGGGCAGAUUACAUGUACAUAAUCAAUUAGGAGGAGAUGAUAAAAUGUAGACCAGAGUGAUGUUUUGAAUGUAUAUUGAAAUGUAAAAUUAUGAUGUGUAUAUA